CUCGCACCUUAGGGAUUAAUAAUGCCAUGGUCGGUUCUCGGGUUCUGAUUUUUAGCCCAAUCCAUAUUCGGCAGUCGGCACUGUUUGGGAGCAUGUACUGUAUUCUCUUCGCAAGCUGACCAGCGUCACCCUUCCCGUCGCCGGUGUGUGGGCAAACAAUCUUUGCCACCGGCUGUUAAAGAAACAGUCGACGGUUGCGAUUCGGAGACGUUAGCAGACACACACAUAUAUAUAUAGAGAGAGAGCCCAAGAAAGAAAGGAAGGUAGUUUUUCGGAAAAGAAGAAUGCCGAGGAAGAAGACCGAUCUAAUAAUAAUCUUCGUCGAAGAUGGUUUCUCUUUCUUUUUAUGAAAUAUGGCCAACUCUCAGCACCGAUGCGUAUUCGUUGGAAACAUACCGUACGAUGCAACUGAAGAACAGCUUAUUCAAAUCUGUGAAGAGGUUGGACCUGUCGUAUCCUUCAGAUUAGUUAUUGAUAGAGAAACUGGGAAACCAAAAGGUUAUGGGUUCUGUGAGUACAAAGAUGAAGAAACAGCUCUAAGUGCUCGUCGCAAUCUUCAGGGCUAUGAGAUCAAUGGCCGCCAGUUACGGGUUGACUUUGCUGAAAAUGAUAAAGGUGCUGACAGAAACCGUGAACAGGGCCGUGGUGGACCUGGGUUGUCUUCAAAUGUUGAUGCUCAAAAACACUUAGGUGGCCCUGCAAUUCUUGGAGAUUCUGCUCUUCAUCAGCCAAUUGGUCUCCCAUUGGCUGUCACUGCUGCAUCAGUCAUGGCUGGAGCUUUGGGUGAUGUUCAGACUGGUAGCACGUUCUCAAAGCAAAAUGGUCUGCAAAGUCAGCCCGGUUUGGGCAAUGAUCCUUUAACCCAUUACUUGGCUAAAAUGUCUCGGAACCAAUUGUCUGAGAUAAUGUCAGUGAUUAAGGUAAUGGCUACACAAAACAAGGAACUAGCCCGCCAACUGCUGCUAGCAAGUCCGCAGCUGCCAAAAGCUCUUUUCCAGGCGCAGAUUAUUCUAGGAAUGGUGACACCGCAAGUGUUGCAGAUGCCAAAUAUUCGGCAGGCACCUGGUUCACUAUCGCAGCCUCAAUCUCAAGAUGGGAUGCAGGGUCAGCAGUCUGGUUUACUUCCUCCUUUCCCUGGACAAAUGCCUCUCACGCAGAAUAAUAUGCAGGCUGGGUUGAUGUCCAGAUUACAAGAAGGUCAAAUGUCUGCUGUUCCUCAAAGUGCUUCAGUUAACAUUCAGUCUUCACUUCCAUUUCCACAACUUCCUGUUCAGCCUCGAUUUCAGCAUCCACAGCAAGCACAAAGUCAAGCACAAGGUCAAGUUCUAGUACAGUCGUCAAUUCCAGGGCAGUCUGGAGUUUCAACAGUUUUAUCCAUACGGCCUCAACCUUACUCUGGUUUGUCUGUUCGACCACAAACUUCAGCUUUGGCAACCUCUUCUGCUUUGAAGCAGCAAGUUCAACCCCCUCUGCUACAGCCUCCUAGACCAAUUGGUACUGUGAACUCAGGGCAUAAUUCUCAGUUGCUUAACCCAAAUGCAGCUCUUCAACAUCCUUCACUUUUGCCUCGGCCUUCGCUAUCCCAGCCAAGCUUUCAGCCUGGCUCAUCAAUGUUGCCAGGUGGACCAGAGACAGUUCACAGAGAUGCUGAAAGAUCUUCUCAGGCUACUGAUGAUGGACCCUGGGCCCCUAGGAGUAACAACUAUUCGAAUUUGCCUUCAGGGUUUCCUGAACAAACAAGCAUGGUUAGUAAUUCUUCAGAGGGGAUGAAUCGCCCUUCUAAGCUAGCAAGGUUGGAAGGUGGAAAGAGAGUUUCUCAUGGCCUGGUGAAUCUGAGCACUUCUACAACUGGAUCAUUGGCUGCAAACCAAGCUUCUCGUACUGAUGGAGUGCAACAAUCUGAGAAACAAGUUCCUCUGCAGUUGCAGCUUCCACCUGAGGUAGAGUCCGCCCUACUGCAGCAAGUGAUGAGCCUCACACCAGAGCAGUUGAGCUCAUUGCCUCCAGAGCAGCAGCAACAAGUGAUUCAACUCCAACAGAUGCUCCGGUGAGUUCGAACCCAGAUGCUUUUGCUGGUGUGUCAUAUCAGCUGAUCUCCAAUGCAACCAUUAAUCAGGCCAGCCUAGCUUUGCCUUCUUUUCAGGUCUUUAUAAGCUAUUGCUGAGGUAGGCAGGUUGAUUGUUAGUUUUUAUAAUCCCUGUGGUUUUAAAGUGAUUGGCUAAAGGUGCUCUUGUUCAGGUUCUUAAGUGCAAGGGGAUGAUUACGUUUAUUUAACAAUUUUGAGACUGUGAAUAGCAUGUGUCAUAGAAUAAAAAAGAAAGAAAAAAAAAAAGAAAAAGUUUUGGGGUACA